GCGCGAGUGGCCGGAAGUAGGGGAGGGAAGGCGGUGGUUUGGCGAUAAUGGCGGAGAAGUUCGAUUCUCUGGAGGAGCACCUGGAGAAGUUCGUCGAGAAUAUCCGGCAGCUUGGCAUUAUCGUUAGUGACUUCCAGCCUAGCAGCCAGGCUGGUCUCAAUCAGAAAUUGAAUUUCAUGGUGACGGGCUUGCAGGAUAUCGACAAAUGUCGGCAGCAGCUUCACGAUAUCAGCGUGCCCUUGGAAGUUUUUGAAUACAUAGAUCAAGGCCGCAAUCCCCAGCUUUACACUAAAGAGUGUCUGGAGCGAGCUUUGGCUAAAAAUGAGCAAGUAAAAGGAAAAAUUGACACAAUGAAGAAAUUUAAAAGUCUGUUAAUUCAAGAACUGACAAAGGUGUUCCCAGAAGACAUGGCGAAGUACAAAGCUAUUCGAGGAGAAGAUCCUCCUCCUUAGGUUGGCCUUUGAUAUCACUAAAAAUGUCAAUUCCAUAAACUGACACCACUCUAUAAAAAACAUUGAUUGGAGAGAGGUGGAAUCCAAGCUGUCCUAACAACUAUACUAAAAAUGGCGGUGAUGGAUUGUAAAGGAGCUUGAUGAUUGCUGAUCGUUCUGGUCUGAAGCUAUUGAAUCUUUCUGAAGACUUUUUUACUCAAAGAUUGCAGUUGAAACUUCCUGUGGGAAUCUGUUCUUCUUUCCUGAAAGGUUUUGGAGAUAUAAUUGCAUACAGGUCAUCAAUACAUAGCACUUCCCACAAAGUACAUUUUCAGAGCAGAAAAUAAUGGGUUUUGUCUUCUGAAAAGUGUGCUUCAAUUUUGAGGGCUCAUCUCUUUUUAAGAGAAAUGUAUUUAUUAUACUUGAUUAUUUUUCAUUUGUAGACUUUUGGGGUUUUUUUCAUUAUUAUUACAGUACACACUUGAUUGCUUUCAUCUUGCUAAAUUCUGCUGAACAGGAGCCUGUCAGGUGCUGCAGUUCUCAUGUGUCAUAAUGAAUUGCAGCCAAGAAAACCUUCAGCUAAUCUUGUUUUGUUCUGUGAGCUGCAGUGCAGAUGGCUGAGGAUAUAGAAAGUGAGCAUAUUCGGGGACUAGCUCCUCAACAAUGUUAAUACUUUGUAUAGUAUUUAAUGCAAGCUUUUUUUUAAUUCUACUCAUUUUCUGUAAGCAGGUUGUUGAUAAAAAAAUUUGUAAAAAGAAUCUAAA